AUGACGGCUAUGGCAAGCUUCGACGACUGGUUACGGGCUCCUGCUGUGCUUCCCAUGCCAUUCCGAAGCUUCACUCUAAGCUUUGCACCGCCGCUAACCCAAACUCCGCGGCCCUCUGCACAGGACAUCGCCAAGCUCCGCACCAGCAUCAAGGAGGCUGAGGAGCGGCUUCGGGUCAAGCAGCUACUCGCCGAGGUGCUGGAAAAGCUUCAGCUUGGUGAGGAGGAGGUGGAGAAAGUCGCAGCGGCGGCUACGCCGGAACAGCCUUCCUCGGAGGCCGUGGCGAAGAUGGAGAAGGCGAACGCUUCAGCGCAGAUGAAGCUUUCGACCACCUUGAACUUGGUCGAGAUCAAGCUCAAAAGCGCUCAGGGCUUUCUGCAAGAGGAGCUCACCGCCAUGCAGCUUCGCAUCAAGAAGGCAGAGAAGAAGCUGGAGAAGGUCAUCGCGGCCGCCACCGAGCAGAAGGAGCGGCUGAGGGCAUCCGAGCUGAUCGCCCAAUGUUUAGACAAGGCAGACACCUGCGAGGCGGCUUUGCGCAAGGCCUCCGAAGCAGAGCUGCCUUUCCUGAAGGGUACCGAGGCGCUGUCGUCGGCCGAAACCCAGAAGGCCGUGGCAGACUGCGAGGCCGCGGCGGCAGUGGCACAGAAGGCGAUAACCGAUGCCCGAGCUGUGACGCUGCAGAAUCUUGCGGCCGCAAAGGAGUUCGCAAACGGCGCCGACGAGUUCUGCACAAAGGACCUGCUCCUACUCCAGAAGCGCUUGGACGGCAUGGCCGGGAAGCUCUCCGAGCUGAAGAAGGAGACUGCCGACAGAAAACGCAAGGCCCAGCUUGGAGCCUCGGCGGAGAAAGUCGCAGACGUCGAGGCCGGAGUUGCGAAGCUGGCUGCGACGAUGCAGAGCUUCUCGGACGAUAGCCUCACGCAGCUCAGUAGCCCAGAGGCAGGGAGACCGUCUGUCAUGGAAGGGAAGGCCCUGAGUCUUGGCUUCACUCACUGGGCCAAGCCAGAUCUCCGAGUCGCUGUCCCGAAGAGGGGUGCGGAGCGCCCUUACGAGUGA